GAUUGCGCAAUAUUGUAAUUUGUUCAACUCCAAUGUUUCGUUACAGGAAAUGAGUAACCUUCCUACAGUGGUUCCUCCUUUACCAAUUGCGAGUUUACACCGCUGGAUUUAGAGCUAUAAAAAAACACACAUUCGUUUUCAGUCUGUAUCAGCAUGGGCAACGUGUACAUUUAACAGCCAAAACAUGACUCCCACCCUAUAUUCAAGAGCAUGCUGAAUUGAGCCCAACCCUGCUGUGAAUCUCUUCCGGGAGGAAAUCACAAGUGUACCCCAGUCCAACCCCACAGAUUGUGACGUCAGCCUGGCUCAGACUGUGAUGGAGGAUUCUGGCCAACAGGGGGUGACCUUGCCACACACCGAGGGAGAAUGUACAGCCGUUUCUCAGAGGAGCAAUUCAGUAGGAGGAGUCAGAGAGAAGCUCCAAUCAGAGCUGAGAGGGAGAUACACGUCAUUGUGUGAUGGAACCCCAGCAGGACAAGAGGUGCGGAGCCACUCCUUCACACACUCCUACGUUGAACUCCUCAUCACCGAGGGCAACGUCCAAUGGCACAACGACAGGCAUGCUGCCACGCGACCCGUAAGACCACCAUCAGAUAUGCCCACUGCUAAAUGAGGAAGUAACGAUCAAGCUUGACGAUAUCUUCAAACCACCGCUAUCUCCGGAUCGCCCUCAAGUAAAAACCGUCCUGACGAAGGGACCCGCAGGCUCAGGGAAGACAGCGAGUGUCCAGAAGUUUGUUUUGAACUGGGCCGAGGACAGAGCCAAUCAGGAUGUCGACUUCUUGUUUGUCUUUCCCUUCAGUGAACUCAAUUGGCUGAUAGGACGGAGCUUCAGUCUGAGUGGCCUCAUCAGCCACUUCUACUCGUCCAUGACAUCGGAGAGCGAGAACCCCGGGUUGGAUCUGAGUCGGUCUAAGGUGGUCUUCAUCUUGGACGGUUUGGACCAAUUUAACCUUCCCCUGGACUUUGAAAGCAUAUCAGUAGAGUCUGACAUCAAUAAGGAGAUGCCUUUGCCCAUCCUCCUAGCGAACCUCAUCUGGUGUCAGCUGCUUCUUCCCUCCGCCUACGUCUGGGUGAUCACCAGGCCUGCGGCUGCCAGUUUCAUCCCCAUCGACUUCCUCCCCCAACAACAGUGCUUGACGGAGAUACGGGGAUUCGACGACACCCAGAAGAGGGAGUUCUUUAGAAAGAGGUUUGGCGAUCAGAGUCUUGUGCACAAAGCUAUCGCCUUGGUCAUGAAAGCUAUUGCCCUAGAGUCAUCACGGAACCUCUGCGUCCUGUGCCAAACACCGUUGUGCUGUGAGAUGUUGGCGGCCAUUUUAGAAAACACUGAGGCGGGAGAGUGUGUCGAGAUAGACACUCUGACGCAACUAUACACUCACUUUUUGCUUGUUCGGAUUGGUUUGAAGAACGAUCGAAAUGGUGAACACUCAGAAUCAAUCAGAGAGGUUGUUCGUAAGCUUGGGAAGCUGGCUUUUCUGCAACAGGAAAGAGGAAGCCUCAUAUUCAGCGAGAGCGAUGUGAAGGAAUGCGGUAUCGACGUCUCCAAAAGUUCCAUAUUCCACAGGUUGUGUAGGCCGCUCUUCACAGUGUGUGAGAUGUACCUGGAGGAAAUGUACCGCUUUGAGUACACAGGCAUUCAAGACUACCUAGCUGCCCUGCACGUGUUUCUCACCUACACAAAUAAAAGGAGAAACCUACUACUCCAACCUACUACACUCUUUGAUCGAUUGAAAGGGAUGUUCAGAAGAGCAACCCUUUUAGACCUCCACAGAUGCUCCGUGGACAGGGUUUUACGGAACACGCACGGAACUUAUGACCUCUUCCUCUGCUUCCUUCUUGGCCUCUCAACAACACCCAACCAGACUCUCUUAGAUCUAGCAUGUCUAGGGAAAGGUUUAAAGGUCACAGGCUCCAAGGUGAUCACAGAGAUCACGGCGGAAUACAUUAAGCAGGCGAUCAAGUCUGAGCCUUACCCUCAGACCACCGUGGCACUUUUCCGCAGUCUGCGGGAGCUAGGGGACGCCUCGCUGGGCAGGGAGGUCCGACGCUACCUGACCUCCGAGUCCCGGUGGGGGUUCCUGCUGGAGCCCGACCAAUGCUGGGAGCUGGCGGACAUGCUUUGGGCAGGCAGGGAGAUGGAGAGGGAAGUGUUUAGGGAGAUGGAGCGUUUGAGUUGGAUGCGCCGAAUGAGCAUGUGGGGCUUUUGGAGGAUGCAGACUGUACUGGGGGACAGACACUGGCAAGUCUACUAGAAAGACAUCAUUGCUGUGUGAAUGGUCUACUAGGGAGAACUCACCACAGAUUGUACUGCCACAUCUACUAAAUUGCCACUGCAGAGACUGUUGAGGAAUU